AUGGUUUUCAUGAUUUCCACAAGUGACUGUGAGCCAACGGUUGUUGAUUCUGAUGAAGAAGAUGAGGUGUUGAUUAAUCAUUGUCAAUUAAUGGAUUUAAACUUGGACCAGGUAGAUGAGGUAGAUUCACCUUCAGAAACAGACGCUUGUUCGCAAAAUGGAGAUGACAUCGAUAAAGAGGAUGUAGUUGUCUGCCCAGUAGCUCCUGAAGAUGCAAAUGGUAUAAGCGAAUUACAAAGAAAGCUCUUGUGUCCAAAGACUUUUCAAGUUAUUACAACGUCAGUAGUGGUGAAUGAAGGAGAAUUAUUGCUAAUAUUUCUUAAAUAUGCCAUUUUUGCAAAUUUGAAUCACACUGCUGUUACGCAAUUAUUUAAAGCUGUUAACUGCAUAUUCGCAUCAAAUGUUUUACCCGACAGCCGUUAUUUUAUUGAUAAAUUAUUUUUUCAAACCGAUUUCGUAAAAUAUCAUUGUAUUUGUCCAGACUGUAAAUCAUAUAUUGGUACAUUUGUUCGUUCAGAUCGGCAAGUGAAAUGUAAUAUUUGUCAAAAAGAAACUGUUAUUAAUGGUCGAAAUUUCAACAGUUUUUUUGCGACAUUCGAUAUAAAAAGCAAUGUAAAGUCUCUUUUAGAACGUCAUCACAAAUACUACAACUUUAUAAUGUCACACAGAACUCACGAUCCUGAAUAUUAUCAUGAUAUUUAUGAUGGAAGAACAUACAGAAAAUUCGUUGAAAGUUUACCUGUUGAUGAACAAAAUAAAUAUGUAACCUUCACUUACAAUUGUGAUGGAGCGCCUACUUUUGAAAGUAGUACUUGUUCCAUAUACCCAAUACAGAUAAUGAUAAAUGAAUUGCCAAUAGAAGUUAGAACUGAGGAGACAAUAGUUUGCGCGUUAUGGUUUGGAAAGUCUAAACCUGAUAUGAACGCACUUAUGGAAGGGUUUGUAAAUACCAUGAAUGAGUUCACUAGUUCUGGUGUAGAGUGUAGUAUUGAAGGCGAAAUAAGGCUAAUUAAACCAUAUGCAAUAUGUUGCUGUGUAGAUUCUGUUGCCCGAGCUUCCAUGCAAGGCGUUAGCGGUCACACUGGUCACUUUUCAUGUCCUUGGUGUUUACAUCCGGGGAUAUAUGUUCAAAACGCUUUAGGUAAAGGAGGUUGUGUAAAAUUCCCAAACAGCGUACUGAAGAUCAGUUUCUUGAAUGUUUAG